UCAAUUGUAUAGUUCCACUGACAUCCGUAUAUAAAAGUUCGCAUGAUGAAAAAUCUAUUCAGUUAUUUUUUGUCACAUCAAAACAUCGAAUAAUACAGUUAAAAUGAAAAGAAUAAUAUGUUUAUUUGUAAUAUCAACGGUUUUACUUGGUACAAUUUAUGCCCAAAUAGGCAUAGCUCUGCCGCCAAUCGUCAUAGAAGAACCAAGAGGCCAAAUUUAUGGUCCCCCUGGUCAAAUGGGAUACGGUCCUGGGUACGGAUAUGGACCUGGAUAUGGUUAUAGUGGUUAUGGUCAAGGAGGUAACCGUGGAUAUGGUGGCAAUUAUGGAUGGGGUAAAUAACUUAAUAAAAAGAUGAUAUUCACCAUGUACAAUUAGAUUGAAAAAUACAGUAUCUUAUUUUCAUAUUAUGUAUUAUUCUUAUAUUAUUCAAUAAACAACUUUCUGUAAGUGUA